AUGGACGGUUACGAUUUGGAUCCAGAGACAAAGGAGCUGCUGACAAUCGAUAACCUAAGGGGAAAGUUCACGUCAAAAGAGUUCUUGGAGAGACUAUGCCAUAACAACAUCGAAGCAACCAAGCAGAAUCAUGGAGUUUUCGACCCGGUUCCUUACAUUCGGACAUUUGAAGCUGCUCUUGACCGUUUGAAGUUGAUCAAGGAGGAUGUUACAAAUCGAGAAGAUGAUUUACGACGGGAUAUGCAACAAACGGAGCGCGUUCAUGCCAAAAAGACACGACAAUUGAAUACGAAUUUCGAAAAUGUAAUAUCAUCUUUUCAGGGUCUGGAGUUGCGGAUAAGUGAGGUAGGAACGACAGCGAUCAGGAUUGGAGAGCAAUUGGAGCAACUGGACAAACAGCAGAAGAGAGCGAUUGAGGCACGGCUAUUGAUCGAAUGCUAUACCGAAUUCAGCCGACCUGAAGGCACAUCACCACAACUAGAAAACCUGAUGAACUCCGGUAACCCAGCCGAUAUUCUUCGAGUUGCUGUCAUCACUCGCAGACUUACGUCCGUUUCGAAAGACAUCGACCUGCCAAAUGCCGCCAAGACACGUGCCGCUAUUGAAGCAUACAUUGAGCAGUUUGAACGACGCAUCUUGAAGCACUUCGACCGCGCAUACAGGGAGAAUAAACUGGAUGAAAUGGCCGAUGCUGCGAAGGUCUUAACGGAAUUCAAUGGAGGAGCAAGUGUGGUACAAGCCUUCGUCAACCAACAUGAAUUCUUCAUCAUGCGCGAAAGGCUUGAGGGAGGAGAUGUUCUCGGUAACGACGCAAUAUGGCAACGUCUGCCAGACCCAGAUGCCGAGAACGUCAAGACGGAACCGAGCUUGUUGAGGUUGUAUGAUGAGGUUCGCAUGACCGUCGAGCAGGAGAUACAGACUAUUCGGACGGUGUUCCCGGUUCCGGAAAACGUGAUCCAAGUGUUCCUACAGCGUGUUUUUGCACAGUCGAUUCAACAACGAUUAGAGGAGCUCAUGGACUUUGCGGAGCGGAAUUCGACGUUGGCAUAUCUUCGCUGCCUUCAAUCAAGCAGAACAGCAACAAUCUCGCUCGUUGACGACAUCAAGGAAUUCGACACAUCCUCCGCAUCGCUUUCCGUAGUAGACCACUCUGCAUCUGCAGUUUCCCUUGUUCUCGAUCAAAACCUUGAAGACCUCUUCGUGCCAUACUUGGAAGGCAACAGGUACAUCGAAAGAGAAAAGAAGAGCUUGGAAGAACUGUUUGCCAGUUUCCUCUGGAAGUUCAACCAGUGGCAUACGGCGCGCAAGCAGACGAAGAACCCGACGAUGUUUGAUCGUGUCGUCAACCAGAUUUCAUCUGCUGCGUCUUCGGUAAGACAGACGGAGAUGGAGCCCCCUGAGCGAAGUGCGACUCCAAGUGGCGAUGGACGUGGAGCGUCCUUACGUCGUCUUGCUGGUACGCUGCAGCGAAGCCACAGUUCAAAGAGCCUCCAUCAACGCGACAAUGGACUACUCUCCAUCGAUGCAGCAAAGCGGAUGAUAAAAUGGCAUGCAGAGUCCAUUGGUCGAACAGUGGAGUUAAGUUCAAGUUUGGAAACGGCCAAGGAUGCAAGAACACUACUGAGUGUGUUGAUGGAAUACGUCGGCAAGGCUUACGUGGAAACAGCCUUGGAUGCGGCUUUGAGUGAAGCGAAUGCGCAGGACACACGCUCUGAGCCAAGGCUCCAGUACUUACAGACGAUUCGUAUCGCGACGUCGAUUUUGCAGCUUUUGCGUUCGUACAUCGAUACGGCGCUCAUUCCGCUCGCUGCUUCGUCAUUCACACUUCGCAGAGAGAUGGCGAACUAUACCAACAACAAUAUCGCGCUUUUGGAGAACAAGAUCAACAACUUGGUCCAGAAGACGAUCGAUAUCAUCUUGGCUUGGGUCAAUGCUCUUCUCGCACGGCAAAAGAAGACAGAUUUCCGGCCUAAGGAAGACGAAGCCAGUAUCUCGACCCUACAGACUGCGCCGUGUUUGGCCGUCGUUGACUUCUUGUCCAAAGUUCACAAGCAAGCAACGAAAGCUUUGGACGGCGAAAACUUUCAUCAGUUCCUGUUGCAAACGGGACUGAGCUUCCAAGCAGCACUUCUCGAUCAUUUCAAGAAGUUUCAGGUCACAGCCACUGGUGGCAUCAGUUUGACGAAAGAUCUUACGCUAUAUGAGGAGGCAGUUGGGGCAUGGCGAGUGCAGGAACUUCGCGACGGUAACGAGUUCUUGCAUGAAUUGGGCAACAUCUUCAUCGUUCGUCCGGAGAUCCUCCGUUCGCUGCUCAGGGAGGGCACACUUGCUCGAAUCAAGCCGCACCUCCUGUUGCCAUACCUACAAUGCCGUGCAGAUUUCAAGACUGCGAACAUUGAUAGGAUGGUGACGGGCGCUGAGGAGAAAAAAGAUGAGGGUAUAGGGUUUAGAAAGGGCAUGGAGAGGAUGUCGGCGUAUGCGUAUUAUUAG